AAUCACACGGAAGGCACAGUCUUUGCGAAGCUUCGAAACAAGCUUGCCAUAACUGUAUCUUUAUUCGUAGUGAUCAGUUCGCAUGUAAGCAUCGAUUGACUAGAAUAAUUGUUUAUUUAUUUAAUAAAGCAUAUAUAAUCGUGCGGUAGUUUAGAGAAUAUUCACAAGGACAAUACAUACACACUUAUUAAAGCUGUGGACGAAUACAGUUGUUCACACACAAGAUCGAUUCAGGAAUCUGCUUUGAAUUAGAGUUAAUACUUUUCCUGUUUGAAUUUUUCUUCGGAAAAUUACACAUACGGAAUGUAUUUCAACGUUUCAUUGACGGCAUACAGCGCACCUGCAAUGCCAAUAAGUGAUUCUGUGAUGGUUUCUAAUCAUUCUUCGACUGCGGCUUACGAUAACGACAAAUCUUCCAUGUCAGUCAUUGAUUUUGCGAUGAUUUCGAAUGAUUCCGGACGGAUUUCUGAAGUUUACGCGGCUGAGAAUGACUACGACACAACGAGUGACUAUGUAUAUAAGGAUAUAUACUUUUCGAAUGUAUCUUUGACUGCGGCUUACGAGAACAACGGAUCUUCGAUGUCAGUCAUUGAUUAUGCGAUAAUUUCGAAUGAUUCGUACGCGGCUGACAAUUACUACGACACGAGUGACUAUAAGGAUAUAUACUAUCUGACAUUUUUCGGCUUUGAGGUCAUAACACUGGGUCUUGUACGCACUAUACUCGUCUUAUUUAUGAUUCCCGCAAAUGUGUUUGUCGUGGGCUAUUUUCUGUCGAGCAAAGGUCGCGGCAAGUCAACUAACCUGCUGUUUGUGAGCAUCACCUUUUCCGACUCGAUGACAGGCAUUUCGUUACUUCCGAACUCGUUCAACGUAUACAUCCCAGACAUUGAUGGAUUAUCUGCAUCGGAAUGCAACACGUACAUGGUCUUGAAACUUUACAUCUCAAUAGCGUUUCAUACCGCAUCCAUAUGGCAGACUGUCUUCCUGGGAAUCCAGCGGUACCUCUGCGUUUGUCAUCCAUUCAUGUCCGGUCGCAUUUGCACCUUCUGGAAGACACGUGUAGCUGUACUUGUCAUGUACAUGUUGUCAUUUCUGAUGCAUAUUUACCAGCCAAUCAAUGCAAUUUCUCACAAUUACACCCACGCCCAUGAGUGUGAAUGGAGGGCAGAUCAUCCUUGCAAAGAUGCCUGCUUGUAUAUGUGGAUUUGCGUUAUUUUCAUGCAUUUUCUUCCAGCGUCCCUCCUAAUAGGACUGACAACCAAGACCCUCAUUACUCUUCAAAAGGCCCAGCAAAGAGCCUCGUCCAUUAUGUCAAAGAGAACGAAUAAGAAACGGAGCUCCCGUGACCGAAUAAUCACAAUCACGGCAGUGUUGAUUGUCGUCUGUUUUCUUGUUCCCGAAGUUCCUUAUGGAAUUUACAAGCUCUAUGCCCUGAUUAAUAUAUACAAACCAACGAGUGUAAAGCUCGGUGUCGAGACACAUCACAUUAUGAGUUCCGCCUACGAGAUCGCGUUAAUUGUCAGCUUUCACGCCAACUUUUGGAUCUACUGCAAGAUGAUGUGCGACUUUCGCAGAGCGGUAAUCUACGUGUUCACGCUCGGUUGUUUCAAGCGUUACAACCUCAAACGGCGUCAGAGUUUGAAAAGCGACAGUUUCCGAUCGUCCAAAGCGCGGACAGGAUCCGUUAUAAGCAGGAACACUGUUCUCAGUCGAACCACUAGCCUCCACUCCACUACAUCGGACAACAUCCACGCUGUCAAUCAAACGAUAUUGCUGACGCCUACGCCGACCAAAGACACUGGUCCAUCCGAUUUUUCGGCCAAUGUGUCAAAACAAAAGUCUGUAGAGGACUACGACGCGCAAGACGAUGAUGUUUUUGUGUAAACAUUACUCUUGUAUUUACAGUUGCCUUGCACCAGUGGUUAUUGCGUUCGCUUGCGAAGCCUGAAACGGGAAGUUUGAAUAUCUCACAAGUUCUUAUAGAGCUGAUUUGCUACCUAGCAACUACUUUAAUUUAGAGAAAACCAUUGCAGUCUUGGCAAUACCCUGGAAUAACGGACUGUGGUUGAUCGUAAGAUAGCAAGGGUCUUUAAAAAAACUCAUCGGGCUCGCGAGAUGGCGGCGAAAUAAUUAAUCAGCUGUUCAUAUUACCACCUGAACGAUUAGUAAUCACUUGAAAUAACACUACAACAGUUAGUAGUAAACUAUUGUUAACCUAGCAUAUGCUCGUGUUGCAUUUAUAACCUUUUUGCAUAUAUUUGAUUAACUUUUCUUAACAAAACUUCAUUAUAAAUAUGUUAAAAAAAAUGGUAUGGGUUAAUUUUUUACCUUCAUCAGCUGUUUUGCAGUUUAUAUAUUUUGAUACUUUGUAUGAUAUUUUUUACGUUUUCUUAAUGAUUUUUAUGCAUUAUGUAAUAUUGUACAUAUUUUAUUGAUUACACGUUUGUUACGUUUUUAAAACAGGUCUACUGCAAAUCUGACUCGCUUUGCACGUUACAUAGAUUAUCAAUAAUGCUUACUAUAAUUUAUUCUUGAUAAGAUUAACCCGCUAAAAGUAUGUAUAUCUUGCAAAAAACACACACAAAAAUAUUAUCUUAUAUUUUGAUUAUCAAUUAAAUAUAAUAAUUUUGAUUUUAUUAAAUCUAGAAAGAAACCUACAUAUUUCAUUUUGUCUAACAUCGAAAGCUGGUAUUGCGAUUUUUCAUAGUGCAAUUGAUAGUAUAUAAAAAUGUAUAUUCAUUUUGAAGCAUGUUCGAGUAUUAGAAACUUACGCAAGUGAUAACGCACGAACAUUGAUUUUUCUCAUUCCUUAGUAUUUCAGCUUGCUAUUUCGGUUAUGCUGAUUAGUUAUACAUGCAUAUAUUUGAAUAUUAUUUCUUUGUUUAAUCCGUUUCAAAGGGUUCGCGUUGUUUGAUUUUUGUUUUGGUAUAUACAUGUACUUUCAAUAGAAAUGAAUUGUGUAAACAAUACGGUCAAUACCUCAUUUAUUACGUAUUUUAAUCUGGCAUGACCUUUUUAACUAGACAAAAGACUGGCAUAUUAAACAUAAUUGCGAAUGUGAGAUACGAAAAUGAAAAAAAUACACGACUGUUAAGUCAGUGGUGAGUCAUAUCAUUAACUCUGUAUAAAUAUUCUUUUGUUGCAUACUAUUUCAGUUUAGAAUGCUGUUGUGUGAAUUGUUUAUCAUUUUUUAAAGAAAAGUUUGCGCAAUUUGAUUUUGUAUGUGUAUAUACAUGUAAUCUGAAUAAAGAUGAAAAAUGUA